CUGUGAAGGCGGGGCCAUAUUAUGGGCUGUUAGAGGUGAAAUGGCGCUCGGCGCGGUAUUUUAAACAAUCCGAUUCGUUUCUGAAGCAAAUCUGAGCAAAAUGUCGCUACACCAAGUCGAGCUGCUCCGUGCGUGAAUGCAGCACAAACAGCGUCCAUAUUUACGGAAGUCGACUGUGACAGAGAUUUCGGCAAAGUUGACGGAGUGUGUGUAAGCAUGGACGUGGUGUCUCCUGACCUAAACAGCAUCCUCCCUGAUGAGAUCAUGGACACCGAGGCAAUGGCCAUGGAGGAGGACCCUCCUGCUGAGACCCCGGCUCAGUCCUCCCAAUCAGACCCGGAGCCGGCUCAGGUUCCUAUGGAAACAGAGGUGCCUGAAAUUAUCAGCUUGUGUCCCGCUACCACACCGAUGCAGAAGACGGAAGCUCUAACCACCCUGACUGCAACAGACUCCACGCUGUGCAGCAUCAGUGCCGGCACUCGGCUCGUCGUCACCUCUUCUUCAUCCGCUGGCCCUAAGAUAGCCACAGUGACAACCACGCAGCCCAGCAGUCCUGUAGUGGGUCAGAGUGUCGCUAAACUCUCUGCCCCUUUCAUGCCGACUAGCCCAGCCAACCACCAGCUCAUCAUCAACAAAGUGGCGGCAGAUGGCAAGUCUCCUGGUACCGCAGCGCUCAAACAGGAAAGGCAGAAGCUUCUGGUCACGGGUCUGAGUAAAUUGGGUCAGCCGAUUGUCCUGGCACUGCCGAACACGUGGAGCAAACCGGCCACGUCUCAGGGUACAGGGAGCGACGUGAAGCCACAGCCCACGCAGUUCAAAGUGGUAUCAGCUGGGACAAAGCCUGUGAUUGGAGUACAAACUGUGACUUCAGCCAAUCAGCUGCUGGGAUCCUCCUCUCCUCUACAGGCCCAGCAGCUCAAAACUGUACAGAUUACGAAAAAGACCCCAGUGUCCACAGCAGGGCCCAUGAUCACCAAGCUGAUCAUCACCAAAGCCCUGAACAACAAGAGCCUGACAAGCCAAGCCACUGUCACUCCUGUGGUCACAGGAAGGGUUCUGACCCAGAGUACACCAGUGACCCCUCCACGCACCAUCACCAUUGGAGAGACCAUCAACACCACACCUCAGAGUCUGUCCUCCAGCAGCAAAGUGGCCAUUUCUCCUCUUAAGUCUCCCAGCAAGGUCACUGUGGCCACUCAGCCUCCUAACUCUCCUCAGAAACCUGUGGCUGUGCCUCUGAAUGUGGCUCUGGGGCAGCAGAUCCUCACUGUGCAGCAAACACCUUCUACUUCACCAGCAAAAGCAGGAAGCAGUCAGUCCACUGGCCAGACAGUGAAGCCAGUGCAAACUGUGGCAGUGGGUGGAGUUAACACACCUCAGUUUAAGACCAUCAUUCCCUUGGCCACACCCCCCAACGUUCAGCAGAUCCAGGUACCUGGAAGUCGCUUUCAUUACGUACGCCUGGUCACAGCUACCACCGGGAACACGGCCCAGACGGCCAACACCACCACCAACCCCACCACCAUCCAUCCUGCCAAGCCCAUGGUGAUGAACACAGCUACAGUGAGAAUGUCUGUUCCCAUCGUUUCUGCUCAGACCGUCAAGCAGGUGGUGCCGAAGCCAAUGACUUCAGCAGCUCCGGUGGUGAGCAGCAGCCAGACACAGCAGCGCCUCAUCAUGCCAGCUGCUCCGCUCCCUCAGAUCCAGCCAAACCUUACCAAUCUGCCCCCAGGCACUGUGCUUGCUCCGGCUGCAGGCUCGGGGAACAUGGGCUACGCUGUGCUGCCAGCGCAGUACGUCACACAGCUCCAGCAGUCGACGUUUGUGACUUUGGCGAGCAGCUCUGGUUUCUCCACCCCAAGCUCCAUCCAGACCCAGGCCAGGCUUCCUCUGAAUGGUUUAUCUCCAUCAGAGUCGACCUCCAGACCACGAAAGCCUUGUAACUGCACCAAGUCCCAGUGCCUGAAACUAUAUUGUGACUGCUUUGCAAACGGUGAAUUUUGUAACAACUGCAACUGUGUUAACUGCUUCAACAACCUGGACCACGAGAGCGAUCGCCUUAAAGCCAUCAAGGCUUGUUUGGACAGAAACCCGGUGGCCUUCAAGCCUAAGAUUGGUAAAGGGAAAGAAGGAGAAUCGGAGCGGAGACACAGUAAAGGCUGCAACUGUAAAAAGUCCGGCUGUUUAAAAAAUUACUGCGAGUGUUACGAGGCGAAGAUCAUGUGCUCGUCCAUCUGUAAGUGUGUGGGCUGUAAGAACUUUGAGGAGAGUCCUGAGAGAAAGACUCUGAUGCACUUGGCUGAUGCAGCAGAAGUGCGAGUGCAGCAGCAGACUGCAGCUAAAACCAAACUGUCCUCCCAGAUCUCAGACCUGCUGACCAGAACCACGCCGGCCAUCAGCAGCAGCGGCGGGAAGUUGCCGUACACGUUCGUAACGAAGGAGGUUGCCGAGGCGACGUGCGACUGUCUCCUGGAGCAGGCAAAGAAGGCAGAACGUUAUAACCAGCCUCAGGUGAUGGCAGAGAGACUGAUCUUGGAGGAGUUUGGUCACUGUCUCCGCAGAAUAAUCAGCUCUGCUGCUAAAGCAAAGUCAGACUGCUCCAUCAACUGCUAGAACCUCACGCUGUGGUUCUGUGAUGGGCUUCAGUGAGGAACUGAUCCUGGUUCAGACAUCUCAUAACACACACACUGUCCUGUCAGAGUGAUUUCUGAGACGGCGUUUGUGCUUUUGUACAGAGUGAGAUUUCUAUUAGCUGUGUGUGUGUGUGUGUGUGUGUGUGUGUGUGUGUUAAAGUGGACACAAAGAGACAAACUUUGAGAACUGCAAUGGCUGACAGCUUCUUCUGCAUUCUCGUGUGUGUGUGUGUGUGUGUGUGUGUACAGGUCACUUGUGUAGGAGGAAUUGAUUUUAGUCAUUUUUAUGCUUGUUAUCCUUCUCAUUUUAAACCCACAAUCAUAUGUUUCUUUUCCCAACAAGACUUUAUUCAGUGCUAUUUUGUCUCCUCUUGCUGUUUCUUUACACAGAUAACCUCAGCUCAAUAAUCAUGACUUUAUAUGACUAUACAGUACGUAGCCUUUACUGUAGCCUCUGUAUUUAUUUACUACUUACACAAACUCCAGCAUGGAGUCUCGAGUCUGUCUCAUGCUCAUGUCUGUACAACUGAGUUGUGACCGAUGUGAAGGAGGUUAAAGCAUUAUUACUAAACCCUGUUCAUCUCUUUAA